CCAGGGCUGCGAGGGGCGUGGCCGCCCAGGUGCGGCGCCGCGCACUCGCCGCCGCCCGCCUUCGCUGAGGUGCGGCUGACAGCGGUGGCGCUGCUGCCGCUGCUGCCCCGCGGCGAUGGCGGCCCCCGGCGGGCUGGGCCGCUGCGUGGUCGCCUUCUGGCUGGCGCUGGCCUUCGACGCGCUGGGGCUGGCGGUGCUGCUGGCGGGGGUGUUCGCCGACGUCUUCUUCUCCGACCUGCUCAUCUACGGCGGCGGCAUCGGCAUCUUCCUGAGCCUCAUCUGGUGGGUGUUCUGGUACGCGGGCAACCUGGAGGUGCCGCCCGAGGAGCUGCGCGACGACGUGGGGCUGGCGCCGCCCAAGGGCAGCCUGCUGCGCGGGCUGGUGCAGGGGCUCAGCCUCCGCCUCUCCUCCGCCUUCGGCGGGCCGCGGUCCCGCGCCGCCCCCCCCGCCGCCGCCGACGUGGAGCUGCAGCUGGCGGCGGCGGCCGCCGCCCCCCCCGCCGCUGGCAGGAUCUGCUGAAGACACGACUGUUGGAGUUACUGCCUCUAAAAGUGUGGGAAGUGUUGCAAACUGUGGAAAGAGGAUAGCCCACUUAAUGCAUAGGAUUCUUUCAUUAUGGAAUAAUCUCUGUGACCAUCAUGGACUCUGUAUAAAAUGAACACAUAGAGACGUGUAUCUGCCAAAUUCAGUGUUGGACUGGAUAGUUUUUAUUGUAUUUUUCAACAUUUCAAAACAAACUAAAUCUUUUAAGAAGUGAGAACUAACAAAGAAACAAACCCGAUUCACAGAAAAGUCACUACAACAUUUAAUAUAGAAAUACCUCUCUUUUUUUAUAUAUGUGUGUGUAUAUAUAUAUAAAUAUAUACACGUGUGUGUAUAUAUAUACACACACACACACAGGAAUGUUUGGAUGAAAAGCUCUUGCACAGUGAAAAGCUCUUGCACUGUUUUACCAAGGUCUGGAAUUUAAAUUUACUGUGAACUUUUAUGAUGCCAGUGCAAUACUUUUAUUUGUAAGGGUGCUUUUAAUAUAUAUAUGUAAAACUAUUGAAGCAAAGUUACAAAUGUAGCAUAGAUUGUUUAUAGUGUAAAUACACAAUUUAUUGUGACUCUUGUAAUGUUUCAUCAUUAUCUUGGAGUAACUUGGAAUUUGAAAUUUUGUAAGUAACAAGUAAAAAUAGUGAUGUUGACAUACCAAUCACUUUUUUCUUCAUAGCAGGAAAUGAUGUGAUAUGAUGACUCUAAGAGGAGGCUUUUUAAUACAGAGAUGUUACAGGAAUUAUUUUUCUAAUGCUGAAACAUUUAGGAAACUGUAGAUUAACAAAGGCUUUGCUUUACAAAAUCCUAGCAGAUCUACAUCCAGAUGUAACUGCAAUUAGAACUAGCACAUGGGAAAAGAUUUAUAUUAAAGCUAAAGACACAAGAAACAAAACACAGGAAAUUCCACUUGAACAUAAGAAGACACUUCUCUACUGUCCGGGUGGCUGAACACUGGAACAGGUUUCCCAGAGAGGCUGCGGAGUCUCCAUCCUUGGAGAUGUUCAAACCCGACUGGACAUGGUCCUGGGCAAACUGCUCUUGGUGACUCUGCUUGAGCACAGAUUGGACCCGAUGAUCUCCAGAGGGUCCUUCCAGCCCCAACUAUUCUGUGAUAAUCGUGCCUAAAAAUUCUUUGUAGGAGAACUUCCUGAUGAGUUCCUCCAUUUCUGAACUAACACUAAAAGUUUGAACCUACCAAGAGUAAAUAUGGGUAGGUCUUUCACUUUUAAUAGACAAUUGUUUUUAUGCCACACCUAACUGAAUGCUACAGGUGGAUUUAAGGAAAACAUUCAGUAGGAAUACAGUGGCUCCACUUCCUUGUGAACUCUUGAAAUGUCUUUCAACUUACUGUUCUGAAUGACUUGUAACUUCCUCUUUUACCUUUCUUUGCAUAUUUGAUUUUAAAAUGUUUUCUGAAUGCUUGCAAUCUUUCAACAAGUUUAGAUAGACACUAGACUUGAAGGUUUGUAAAAUUUUAAUUCCUUCUUUACUAACUGUAGCUUCUGGGAGUUAUCUAAAGUUGUUUUCUUCAUCUUCUAGAUGAACUGCAAUGUGACACCAGUAUGUUGUUACAGUGUGCUGUUUAAAUAAUCUCCUUCCAUAAAAAUCUGUAGAUCAUUGUUUCAGUGUUGUUCACACGAAAAAUGUUCAUUUACUUGUUCUGAACAGAGGUAACUGCUUGUACUGAUUCCCUAUAGUUUUGAUCUAUGAACUGAAUUACAAGAUGUAAUACUUAGUAAGUGGAAUGAUUAGUAGCAGCUAUAAACUAACCCAAAACUUGCGUGUAGCUGUUCUCCUACUUACUCUAGUGAUUAACCUUGAAUCCAACAUCGGAUACCCAGCAGUACUUGUGUAGGAUGGUAGAUAGAGUAUUGCCUGUUGUUGCAACCCCACUCAGAAACUGUGAGGGAUUCCAAUGUUUGCAUUUGAGUAGUCUGCUAUGUGUGUUUGAACAGUUAAAUAUAGGAACUGAUGCUUCAGAAGAGAAAAACCUAAGAUAAUCAUAACAACAACAAAAAAUGCUAGAAUGUUAAUAGUAUGAUGUGUCUAAAUAGUGAUAAGAUAAAAUUACUUGCAGGGGAGCAAUGGUAACUAUUGUAAGCUAUCAUGCCUUUUUUAAAAGUGUAAAAUAGUUACUGUUUCAUGCAGUCUAUUUUUUAUAAAUAAGGAAGACUGUAAUACUAAAUAGAAACCAGUGAGUCAAGCAAUUAAGUUAAACAUUAACACAUAUUUAACACUAUUUUAGUCUACCAGCAUCCUUAUCAGUUGUAGCUCAAUGCAGAACGAAGUCCAUUCAGAGAAGUUACAUCUUGUUUAUUGGAGGAGAAAAAAAUACUUGUUCAUUGUUAUGAUUGCUUAUAUUCUGUGAACUUUGAGUUUUGCAUAUAAAGUGGGGAGGUCUUUUUAGACUUAAGACUGUCCUUCUUGCUCUGUGUUUAAAAACGGCCAAAAUCCCGAAGAACCAAACUCUGGUCACAGAAUUUUGGUUGUACAGGAAUGUUGGGUUUUUUUAUAUGUAUACCUGGUUAAGCCUUAAAACUUAGCUCAAAAUGACAUCCUAUAUUCCACUUCGUAACGUGAUAAAUGAAGGAAAAAAGCCAAACCCUGACCUUAGAGCCAUAAAGGAGGAUUGAAUGUUAGAAUCUGGUAUGUGGGCUACAUCUGAAGAGACUUUUAAAGCAAUAUAUACUGUUUGCUUGAACACAAACAUCUUAUGAAGGGACAAAUUAGUAAAAAUUAAUUUAUUAGUAAAUUCUACAAAAAUC